AUGAAACUCUCGGUUUUCGCAAACCUUUUUGUGGCCUCGGCUGCAACAGCCAUACCUGCCGAGAUCUUAGUUGGUAGUCUCGAGGCCCGCAGCAGCCCUAUCCUCCACGGCCGCGCAGACUGCGGGGGGUACGCCAGUACCUGUACUGGAGGCUACUUGAUCGUGCAGAGUGGCAGUGAGGUUGACUUUACGGCCUACAAGUGUGGCAAUGGUAAAGGAGGCUAUGAUGACUCGACAAUCAACCUAAAUACUUGCAUCGCCAACGUGGGCGGAAACCUAGUCUUUACAAAAAACGGCGACUAUGGAAGCUCAUGCUCCGGUAGUACAGUCUCUGGUACCACGCUUACCGCCAAUUGUGGAAAUGGUAAAGGCGGGUAUGUCUCUGGGUCUAUCGAUCUGAACUCCAUCCUCUGCAAUCAAGGUGGCAAUCUUCGAUGCUAG